CCAAGAUCACAUCUCGCGAAAAGUAAUGAUUAUUUUGGUGUACGGGCGGCUAGUUCCCCUAACUCCCGCCGCGGCGCUGGCUCCGCUCCGAGUUGGACGUCGAUGUAUGUACCUCGAUAUAGAGGCCGAGAUAAAACGUAAUUUUAGUGGUGGAAAUUGAAAAAUUGCGGAUGUAACGCGCGACAAGUGAUUUAAAAGAGACCGUGUCACAUUUGUCUUGGUCUAAAUCGGAGUGCGGUUCGAGUUUCGUCGCGUACAAUACAGUCUGCUCACGCAUAGCUCCCUACUCUCAGUACGGUACACCGACGUCCAUAUUACCGAGUUAUCUUUGCAGUGGGAUGGAGGACAGGAUUCAGUUGGAUCAGUUAUUGUUGUGUUGUUUUUUUGAUUGAAAUGUGCGCGUUCCCGUCGCCAAUGUUGACGACGAGCUGGCGAUAUUCCAACCGAGUACGAGGCGUUGUAACCAGCGGCGGUCAAGGCAUUUCAUAGUGUGACGCGUUACGGCGAAGUGUGGUUACUCCGCGGACAUUUAUUUGUUAUGUAUCAAUCGCACAGCGACAAUAAGACAGCAGCCCAGGAUGCAAGAUAUCCCAAGACAACUGUCAUCGGUCACUCGGUGCCCACAACACGCGAUAUUCUAAAAAGCACACACGCAACCUAAUGGCGUUUGAUAAAGUGCUGAUCGUUCUUAUCAUACUGAACCUAGUGUACGCAGACAAUGAGGUCAAAGCAAAAGAUAACACGCAAAAGGCCAUGGCGGAGAAAAGGGAGCAGCGGUCCAGAUCAGCCUUGCCGGAGCCGGUGCGUGGGUCGUUCCAGAAGCUAAGCAAUCUUAUGAACAGAACAGAAGCUGGAAGCAACAGGCGUAGGAAACAGAAUUUCAACAAAAUCUUCGAGAUGAACCGUCGCCAGAAUGAUGAUAUGAUGAACGACAACGAAGGAGCGAUUGCGGUGAAGCAGAAAAUCUUUGCUGAUAACGACACGAAUUCAUUAGCGUACAAAAUGAAAGUGUUGAGAGCCCAAGACCUCUCUCAAUACGUUCCUCCCACCGACCACAGCUUCGUACCUCAAGUGACUGGAGUGUUUUGUAAUUUUGAGAGACAGAAUGGUUCUUUUGAUAUGUGCAUGUGGCAGUGGAACGUUACGGUUUCCAGCCAUGGAUUGGGUUUCAACGUCAUGAGCGCCGCUGACAUCAUUGAAAUGAAUGAAACGACGCGAGGUCUACGAUUCUCCGGUCCAGCAUCGGAUGCAGAUGGGAAGCAGGAAGGUCACUUCCUCUACCUACCAGUAGAUCCUACGAUGGAGAAUAUGGUGAUCAAAUCACCAAUUUUUCCUGGACUGUGGGAGUUUUGUAAGUUUGAAGCGCGGCUACACCAGAGCAAGAUGCAAAAUGCCACCAUCAGGCUGGUCUCCGAGUCCACGCUGUCAGGCGUGCAGUUGAUUUUGCAAGAGAUCGCUGGGAGUAAUUCAGAAUCAUGGCAGCCAAUGAGCUUCAUGAUCGGCAAGGUGCAGCAGGAGGUCCGCAUCAUCGUCGAGAUUAGCCGGCCGAGCUACGUGAGCCUCACGCACAACCUCCCACACAUCGCGGUGGACAACGUGCGCAUGGUGGAGUGCUUGCCCGAACCCCCCGUGGGGGGUGGCGAGUGCCAGGCGCACCAGCACAAGUGCAGGAUCAUGCAUAAGGAAUCGUGUAUAAAAUUGCAGCAAGUUUGCGACCUGGUCAAAGACUGCGAUGAUGGGAGCGAUGAACAUCAGAAUUGUGAUAAAUUGCCUUAUGGAUCUUAUUGCAAUUUUGAGACGGACGCUUGUGGAUUUGAAAACGUGCCUCAGCCAAUCCUAAAAUGGUCACGCCACAGCGGACCAACGCCAACGGACAAAACCGGACCAAACUACGACCAUACUUGCGGACCACCAGCUAUCCACACCACAGCCAAUCCGAGGAUACCAUUCUCACCACCACACAUAAACUACACCAUCUCCUGUCUAGGGUUUUACUUCUUUGUCAACAUGAAUGUCACGGGACCCAAUAAAGAGAGAGCUGACUUCGCUUCCACAGCUGUCAUGAAGACUGUCAUAUUCAAUCCACCACCCAAAGUUCAUGGAGACAUCAAUUCAAGAUACUACAAUUGCUGUAUGAUAAGGUUCUACUACCAGCAAAACGGCAGGAACUAUGGCUCUCUGAGCGUCGACGUGGUCGAAAUGACUCCUAGAGGCAACGUCACAACCUCUCUGUGGUUCUCCACCAAAGACAAGGGAGAGAACUGGUACAGAGCUGCCAUCUUUCUACCGAACAUCACCAGACGAUACUACUUCCUCUUCAAAACCCGCAUGGGCAUGAGGAUAUACUCCGACUCAGCCAUCGAUGACUUCUCCAUGGCGCCCGAGUGCUUCGGGCUGAACAUCAACUCCACAGACCUGGGCGACUAUAAUUACUACGAUCCAGUGUUUGAGGAGAAGACUACGCCCCAUCCUGACUUCACUGAUGUUUCUUACUUCCGUUUCACAACGUGCAACGCGACUGGUCGCUUCGGCCCCAACCAGACGAUGUGCGACCUAGCGUACAACAGUAGCGAUGUAGACGUGACUGUGCUAAACGAGCCACCUUUCGAUGGGGUCCAAGUGUGGUCGGUGCCCAGUGAAGGCCUCUAUACGAUAAUGGCGACUGGCGCUUCAGGGGGACUGGGGUCGAUGUGGGCCGGGGUCUCGCAUGGGGCCCAGGCGCGGGGGCUGUUUGAGCUGCACCUUGGAGAGCGACUCUACAUGCUGAUGGGGCAGCAGGGGACCAACGCCUGCAAGAAGACUUUAUCAGCUCAGGAGAGUCAGGAGUGCUCCCGCCGGGAGACAAACGAGACUCAAAUGUUCACGAGCAAGACACAUGCAGUACGGAAUACUCAUGUCACUGAUGGAGGUGGCGGCGGAGGUGGGGCCACUUAUGUGUUCCUGAUGGAUAAUGAGGGGCAGAUGACACCACUGCUAGUGGGUGGUGGGGGUGGUGGCUUGUCAGUGGGGGUUUUCCGCGACGAUGGCUCUCAGCACGCGCGCGGCAGGACUAAUACCACGCCUGAAUCGGGCUAUAUGUACGGACAGCCGGGACGUACUUCUGGUGCAGGAGGUGGUUGGAUCUCGAGACCUGGUCCCAUAACUCCAGGCUUCGAGCUGAUCCGCGGGAUGUCUCUGCGGGAAGGCGGCCUGGGUGGUGUAGCGUGCACCGGUGGCGCGCAUGGCGGCUUCGGAGGAGGGGGAGGCGGCUGCUUGCGAGGCGGGGGUGGAGGGGGGUGGGUUGGUGGCAGCACCCACGACGGCGAAGGUUUGCAUGGCGGAGGCGGAUGGUCAUAUGUGGACAUAACCCGGGGCAUCAACGAGUUCAGUGAAGUCACCAUGGCAUCUAGAACCGGUCCGGGGGAAGUUCUGAUCGUGCCAGCCAUACAUAAAUGCGGUUGCAACUACCGCUGCAUCGCUAUGAACGAGUAUCGCAGCGAUGUGAAAUGCUAUUGUCCGGCCGACUGGAUCACGGAUGAAAACGAUCCCACUAAAUGCAUAUCUGCAUCUACGGAACCGCAGCAGCGCUGGUACCAGAACUUGAUGGUGAUAAGCGCUGCGCUCGGCGUCGUAGUCUCCCUUUGCGUGUUAAUCGCGCUGAUAAUUGUGCUGCAUGUUUAUAACAAAUACCAGCGGCAGAAACAGGCUGACGUUAUGCAGAAGCAGUAUCGCCAGCAAGAGUUGCAGCUACAUCGCUUGAGGAACGCCCCGGGGAGUGACUCCCUGAGCAUGGCUUUCAACCCCCAUUACGGGGGUGAGAGCUUCCUCCCCCAGGGGGUGGACGUUAGGGGGCUGCCGAAGGUUGCCAGGGAGAGUUUGAAACUUGUCAAGGCUUUAGGCCAAGGUGCCUUCGGUGAAGUCUACCAGGGUCUGUACCGGCACCGCGCCGGGGAUAGUGUGGAAAUGCCAGUGGCAGUGAAAACUCUCCCGGAGCUCUCCACGGGCCAGUCUGAGUCAGACUUCCUCAUGGAAGCCGCUAUCAUGGCGAAGUUUAAUCACCCGAACAUCGUGCAUUUAAUAGGGGUCUGCUUCGAUAGACAUCCAAGGUUUAUCGUCCUGGAACUGCUAGCGGGCGGUGACCUGAAGAACUUCCUCCGGGAAAGCCGUCCGAGGCCAGAGCGUGCCAGUGCCUUGACUAUGAAGGACCUGCUGCUUUGCGCGAUCGAUGUGUGUAAAGGGUGCAAGUAUUUAGAAGCCAGAAGAUUUGUUCACAGAGACAUAGCAGCCCGCAACUGUCUGCUAACUUCACGCGGUCCGGGCCGCGUCGUGAAGAUAGCCGACUUCGGGAUGGCGCGAGACAUCUAUAGAUCCGACUACUACAAGAAAGGCGGCAAGGCGAUGCUGCCGAUAAAGUGGAUGCCGCCCGAAGCCUACAUCGAUGGCAUAUUCACAGUCAAAACUGAUGUUUGGUCGUACGGCGUUCUGUUGUGGGAGGUGUUCUCACUAGGCAUCAUGCCGUAUACGGGCUGCGCCAACCGGGAGGUCAUGCAGAUGGUCUCUGGAGGCGGGAGGCUCGAAAGGCCUCACGGCUGUCCCGCGGAAGUGUACAGGAUGAUGUGCGAAUGCUGGAAUCCCGCGCCCUCUGAGAGGCCUUCCUUCGCCCUCAUGUAUGACCGACUCACAAGAUUUGUACAGGAUCCGGAGAUAACCAACGCCCAGCUACCAAUCAUGCGAUCUCUGCUGGUGCCGUUGGAGUCCUUCACUGAGUCCAACGGGCCGCAGCGCUCCGCGGGUGACUACCUCGUGCCCCUGUCGCACCAGGACCAGCCGGCUGACGAUAGCUCAACGGACCCAUUGGUACUGGAACCUCAUAGCAUAACGCUAACGGCGGCACAGGAGAAAUUAGAAAUGGAGGAUUCACAAUUUCAACCUCUUCUGAAAGUAUCACAAGAAUAUGGCAACAUUCCAAUGGCAUCGCUGGGCGGGAACGGAGACCUCGACGCUUCCAGUUCGACUGCUUCAAACGCCGAGAUAAGGAACAACUCAAAGUUUCUACCGUCUAACUCCACUGACAGAUUGUUAAACUCCGUGGAUUGCGCAACGAUGGACGAGGACACGGCAUCUGAGACUGACGACAGACCAAUGCUGUGGGAGACCUCCUUCACCGAGACCAGACCGAGCAUCACCAUUGAAACCGCGCCGAUCAUUGAGCCAGGACCAGUGAUUGAAAAACUGAUCAGCAUAACACCAACAUCGACGAAGCCACCGGAAAACUUAUUAACCCAAGCAAUAGAAACGACAGUCAUCGACAAGACAAACAAAAAUACCCUCGGAUUGGACAAAAAGACUGCGCCAAUCGCGUCCCCAGAUCCCCCCAGAAUAAACGCGUGGAACAGCAGGGAUCCAGCGCCCAAGCUUCUUCCCAAAACCAAACCAUUCUGUCUAGACGCAGCUCAGUUGGAGCAAAACCUUAAUGCUCUAAAAAAGAAUAGCGGUUCAGUGAACUUAACAACAAUGAACACAAUGAAGGUCCUACCCCCAUACAUAAACGUUGUCACGCCAAACAAGCUGUCGGAAUCAAAAACAAUACAAAUAGAUCCCAAGAAAGCGGUCAUACACGACCUACAGUCCCCUCAAGAACCAGAGAAAGAAGAAAAGGGGAAGCUUAAGCAAUCAAGUUCUGCGGCCAGCUUGCUCAACGGUCCCAUGACAGAUGUCCCCUACGCCGAUAGUGAUAACGCCUCUUCUAGCUCAGGGAGCAAUGCGCAGAAUUUGCUCCACCACCAGAAGAACCAAAAAAAUAACGCGUACUCCGAAAUCGUUGUUGGCAAUGGUAAAAAGAUUAUGAAACAGGGUAGCAAAACUAGCAAUGGAGAUUACGGGGAAACCGAGAUUAGUUGUUAAGGAAAAGAGAUGCCAUCGAACACUAAAGUGCUGUGAACAAUUUUGGUUGUGGUAGAUAAACCUAAAGGGGGAGAUAGGUAAUUUGACAGCGCUGUAUUGUUUAACUUUCCUCACUGUUAACUGAUCCUCUCAAAACAUAACUCACGGUUAGCGAUUGAUGAUGCCAAACAACGGCUAACAACUGUCACAAACUGUGGUUAAAUAAAUCAAGACAUUAUACUGCCGUUACAGUAUAUUUGUGAUUGAGACACGGUGCUCUGUCGAUGGACUUAGGCAAUCAUGUUUCGCUCACACUACCGUUCCGGUACCUCCAAACGUUAAAUUUCGAUUACCUCUCUGUGUCCUGUUCUAUCCAAACGUUAAAUUUCGAUGAUAACUUGUAAAAUGAAAUUCUUUAAGCUCAAAUUGGUCUAGAACCAGCACAAUCUGUGGUACGUUUGUAAAAUAAAAAAUAGGUAGUACAGAAUUUUUGCGACUAUACAGAAAUAUAAAAUAUUAAGAGCGUCACAUAUCUCCCCCAGCAUGUUUAUCUAAGCUUGUGGUGCAGAAAAGUGUAGUGCCGCCGUUAAUAUUAAAAGACUAAAAGCUUCUAU